UUGUUGAUGUAACGUGUCAAUAAUUCGAUUUUACUCAGCGGUUUUCAUAUAAAGAAUGGUUAAUAUCAAAGGACAAAGAUAAAAUUUUUGAUAACAUAAAAACUAUUGCAUGGACGUUAUUCACGACAUGUGUUUCCAUUAUACUUUUAAACCUGUUUUGUUCCAUGAUUUAACAUUAAAAACACACUUAAAGGAAUAUAAGUUAUUCUUCGUGAAUAGUUUUUGAUUUUAAAUAGAGAAAAAAAAUGAAAUUUCAUAUAUAUUAAUGAGAUUAUUCAGGGGCACUGUAGACAAUGAGAACCAAACGGAUAUUACUACUGACGAGCAUAUUGGUACUGUGCAAACUUAUGAUAGAAACAUAUUAUAUAUUGGGAAGAAAUUCAGAAAUUGUACAGGUGCAAGAUAACACUUUUCAACAUAAUGAAAACCAUGCAAUUAAUAGGACUGCACCUCAUAUCUUGUUAAUCAUUGCUGACGAUCUUGGAUUUAACGAUGUUGGAUACCAUGGUUCAGAAAUUAAUACACCAAACCUGGACAAUCUGGCGUUAGCGGGUGUCAGGCUUGAAAAUUAUUAUGUCCAGCCUGUUUGUACGCCAACAAGAGGUCAAUUACUCACUGGUAGAUACCAGAUUCAUACAGGCCUUCAUUGGGUUUUAUGGCCUGCAACUCCAGCAGGUUUGGCUCUUGAUAACCCUACCAUCGCCGACAAGCUUCGAGAUGCUGGUUAUGCUACACAUAUGGUCGGAAAGUGGCAUCUAGGCUUCUUUAAAGCUGAAUAUUUACCAACCCGUCGUGGUUUCGAUACAUAUUUUGGAUUACUUAGCGGCCAUUCCGACUACUUUACACAUGUGACAGGAAAUUACCAAGAGAAGGUCAUGGCUGGAUACGAUCUAAUGGAAAAUGAACGGCCAGCAAACAUAUCGAAAUACCACGGUACUUACUCAACACAUAUAUUUGGAUCAAAAGUAAAAGACAUCAUAAAUGAGCAUGACACUGAAAAGCCGGUGUUCAUCUAUAUAUCAUUCCAAGCAGUACAUGCGCCAUUGCAAGUUCCAGAAAAAUACACAGAGCAGUACGGUCAUAUCAAAGAUACAAACAGAAGAAAGUAUGCAGGAAUGGUGUCAUGCAUGGAUGAGGCAAUAGGCGGCAUAGUAGAAGCUAUGAAAAAACGCGGGAUGUGGGAAAACACGUUGCUAAUUUUUACCACAGAUAAUGGUGGAAACCCGAAUGUUGGAGGGAGCAACUUGCCGCUUAAAGGUACAAAAAGUACAUUAUGGGAAGGGGGAAUUCGUGCUGUGGGAUUUGUUCAUGGCUCACUCAUCGGCAACAAAAAUGGUGGCUAUAUUUCGAAUGAGCUUAUGCAUGUUACUGACUGGUUCCCAACGCUCCUCAAUCUGGCUGGUGGAAAUUUGAAAGGGAAUGAACAGAUAGACGGAUACGACCAAUGGAAAACUAUUAAGUAUGGUAUACAAAGUCCUCGAAAGGAAAUACUUCAUAAUAUCGACCCGUUGUACAAUAAUACAUUUUAUACGAGAAGAUCUUCUCUUCGCAUGGGAGCAUGGAAAAUUAUUAUUGGACAGCUAGGUCCGGGCACAAAAAGAAGAUCUAGUGAUGUCGAUAACAUAUGCUUGUUUAAUAUUGAGAGCGAUCCGUUUGAGCAAACCGAUUUGUGUGAGCAAUUCCCUGACAUUGUACAAAAUAUGCGUCAAAGACUUGAAUAUUAUGACAGAGGUUCAGUAGCAUGUCAAUUGCCUGGAGUUGAUUUACGCGCAAACCCGAUAUAUCACGAUGGAUUUUGGCAACCAUGGAGAUAAUUGAAUAUUUAUAUUUUUGUCUGUAUAUAUAUAUAUAUUGGUCAGGUGAUCUCUCCAACAAAAAUGCCAUAGAAAUCAUGCAAUAAGAGCAGGCAUGUCAAUGUCAGGAGAUAUUAGAGAGUUUGAGAUUUCAACCUUCGCCUUCCCCUUCAACGUCUCUUGCGAAGUUAAGAUUUCAAACAUUAGAAUGAACCUUACUUCUUUUAAUCCGCCCAUUCAAUUUAUCCGUAAUUAUGAUCGUUUUCUUCGUGCAUUUUGAUACCAAUUGUCCGAAAGGGCAGGAGUUUUACAAGAGGUUUUAAAAAUGAAAAAAUGAAAAUUAAAUAAAAAACAUUUCAAUUAAUAUAAUCAUCGCAUGGAUAUUAGAGCGAUUACCAAGAAGAAAAAAAAACAACAAAAAAACAAAAAAAAAAAAAAAAAAAAAAUAAUAAAUAAAACGAUAAAACAAUGUGAACAAUGUAAAAACUCGUUAAUGUUGCUCCAAACAUUUAGGUUUUAUAUAAAAUUCAGUAUAGUCAGUAUAGUCAGUAUACAAUGCACGAUUUUAAAUCAUACAUGAGAGGAAAUAAAAAUGAUUAUUACAUACCUAAAAUUAUUUUCCAUUGGGUUUCAAUGGACCGCGAUCGUGCAAUAUUUUUCCAUAUCAUGACGUUGAACGCUUUCAUAUCGGACUAGUCCCAAUCCGUGACUCUAGUUACCUCCCCUGACGGUCCGUCAUUUGCGGAUCUCGUUUCUUUAGACUUUUGUUGCUAUUGUGUGUUUGUUUAAUUUGUAAUUUAUGCAACGUUUCGUUUACUUUUACACUUUGAUUUAUCUGACCUAUUAGAUACUGGCACGUAGUAAUUUAUCAGACUGAAAUGAAAUGAAAGUUGUAAUUACGUCAUGAGUUGGACCAAUAUAGGACGUGGAAUGUUUUCUUAACGUUGUAAUGGAAAGUAUCGCGUGACGCCCAUGGCGUCCACGCGCACGUUGCGACAAGUUGACGUCAUUUUGAGGAAAAUAUUAAUGCGCGUCAGUUUGAUUUGUUUAUUGCGUUUUCGGAGAAUUUUUUUCCGUAUUUUUUCCUGUCUUUUGUGACAUAACGAUAAUUUAGAUAUAAAUUAAUCAUUUGAUAGUGGAUAUGUAAUAAAAAGGUUAUCAACUUUGUAUGUAGAUAUAUGCACUCGUUCUUUCGCGGACAGUAUUGCGCUCCUAAAGUCGCGCAAUAUUACCACUGCAGAACUCGUGCAUAUAUCCACAUACAAAGUUAAUAACCUAUAAUGAUCAUAUCAACGUGAUAAUGACACUCUGUAUGACUCUGUAUAAUGCCAAACUCUCAGACAGCACAAUAUGAUUUUAAUAUACUAUUUUAUAAGUAAAGCAUCUGCGGAUCCAGGAAUUUUGGUUAGAGGGACACCAACAUUAAAGAGGGGGUCACCCAUUUCGGGGGUGG